GCUUCGGUAUAGGAUUUUUUAUCGAUUCAUUGCAAAUAUUCUUUUGACGCUCGAUUAUUGUAAGAUUACUAGCAAUAAUUUAGCAAAAAAGGUGUUGUAGGCGUAUCCAAUCAGUCAAGAGAACAGUUUCAUCCUCUAUGCACCAACCAAUUGCAUCUCGAGGAUUUUACGAUACCCAGCGAACUAAAACGUAUUAAAUCUAGUUAGAGUGCACGUCAAUUCAUCCUGUUAUGCUUGUUGCAUAACUAUCAGUGACAAUGGCAGAUUUUGACGAAGAUGAUACCAUACGAAACAAGUGUCGCAAUGUUAAAUUCAAAAUAUUUCGUCUUUUUCGAAUAGAAAUCAAUCCUGUAGUGACCUUUGUAUCUGCUAUUCUAAUCUGGGGUUUCGUUAUUUACUGUCUUCGAUGGACAGGCCAAGCUGGUGAGGUAUUACCAACAUGGAAAAAUUGGAUAACUCAAACUUGGACAUGGCUGUACAUCGGAAACCAAGACGCAUGGGCAGUAUUCAUCCUCUACCUGCUCUUCUCCAAGUAUGGCAAGCUAAAGCUCGGCAAGCCCAAUGAUAAACCAGAGUACRGUGACGCUACUUACUUCACUAUGCUGUUCGCUGCUGGCAUUGGUGUUGGACUGUUCUACUUUGGUGUCGCAGAACCAAUCUAUCACUACCAUCCCAGUCAUAAAACGGACUAUGGAAACCGUUAUCAAGGAAGGUAUUCAGAUAACCAGCGUGCACAAGAUGCCUUAAAUGUGACUAUUUUCCACUGGGGUAUACAUGCAUGGGUGGUCUAUGCUCUCGUUGGACUCAUCCUCGGAUAUUUAUCCCACUGUAAAGGCAUGCCCAUGACCAUGAGAUCAUGUUUCCAUCCUCUUCUUGGUGACAAAAUCUUUGGUACACUUGGUGACUUCAUCGACAUCCUGGCCGUUGUCUGCACCAUGCUUGGUGUUUGCACUAGUCUUGGUCUCGGGGUCGUACAACUUAAUAGUGGUUUCAACCGCAUGAAUAACAACAUUACUCAGAGCAAAGAAACCCAAGUUAUCAUCAUCUGGUGCAUCACUGCCUUGGCCACUGCAUCUGUUAUCAGUGGCCUCAAACUGGGUAUUCGUCGUCUGAGCGAGCUCUGUUUCUCUAUUGGCAUGUUACUGUGGUUUGUGGUCUUCUUCUACGAUGACACUUGGUACAUUCUGAACGUCUCCGUGCAAACCCUUGGCUACUACAUGCAGCAGCUUGUGCAGCUGGGCUUCCAUACCGAUGCCUUUGCACAGCCUGGAGACGCUCCUGACAAGAAGCAAGCACCACAAUGGAUGAACGACUGGACCAUCUUCUACUGGGGAUGGUGGGUCGCUUGGUCACCUUUCGUUGGUACCUUCAUUGCAAGAAUAUCCCGUGGACGUACCAUUAGAGAGUUCAUCAUGUACACUCUGACACUCCCCACAAUAUAUUCUCUGCUGUGGUUCUCUGUAUUUGGUGGUGCAGGUCUACGCAUGGAGCGAGCAGCAGCCAAUGCAAAUAUCACUUGCAACUCUCCACUGGGUGGAUGGAAUUCGACUGAGUCCCUURGAGGUCUGUACCGGCUCUCCUGCCGUCCUUCUGUCAACAUGUGGUUUGACCUGAUGGACCAAUAUGGCGGUCUUGGGGAUUUCCUGUCAGGCAUGUCCAUCGUGGGUUUAAUCCUGUACUUCGUGACCAGCUCAGACAGUGGUUCUCUGGUGAUUGACAGCUUAUCAGCCAAUGGCCAUCCAGAUCCACCGGUACUUCAAAGGAUCUUCUGGGCACUGACCGAAGGAGCAACUGCUACAGCUCUUCUCUGGACAGGUGGUACCAAGGCUCUUUCUGCUCUCCAAGCAGUUUCUAUUGYCUCUGGACUCUUCCUCACGGUAUUACUCAACUUUAUCUGUGUUGCUUUGUGGAGGAUUUUGAAGACCGACGUUGGUGACCUAGAUCCAAAUGGACCACAGUUCACUAUGGGGCUACUAGAUAUCUUCUACCRUCCCUCUUGCAAGCUAUUUGCCAGACUUGUCGUAGCAAUCUUUGCUCCAUGGUGGCCAUUGGGUAAUGCUACAGGAAAGUUGUACGGCUCUAACCGUUAUGUCUCAAUGGUGUCCUUGGCUAUUCCUUUCUAUGGCUGGAUCAUUCUAGAGAUCCUACAGGUGCUUGAGCCUGGUUUGGCGUACGUGGGCUGGGCUGUAUUGUUCGGCUUCUUUGCGCUAGCCACUGGUACUCGCGCUUACAUGAGAGAGAAGUACAACAUCCUGGGUAACCUUGCUGAAGAUUUCUUUUCUGUGAUGUUGGUUUACCCGCUAGCAGCCUUGCAGAUGGACGAGCAGAUGAGAGGUGGGCAAUUUCAUCAUGAUGAGAAAUUUAACGCCGCAGAAACCAACAUGGCGCUUGACGAAAUGGAAAAGAACCCUGAUGCCUUGAACGGUACAUACAAGAGAAAAUCAUCCGUCGUGUCUUGAGUGACGUUUCACGCGAUAACCGUUCCAAUAGAACAUUUACCAUUUUAACAUUGCAAUGCUUUUUGAGACUUUUGAGGGGACGAAAAUCUUUGAAUCUUGGAAUUACGUCUCCUAAAAGUCCCACAAUGCACUGAAAUGCCAACUUGACCCAGUUUUCCCCUCAACCUUGGAAUGGCUAAUUCACUAUUAUCACGUACUACUACAAAUAUUAUUAACUGCACUUUAUAUUGAUAAUAACUAUUUGUCCUUGCUGUGGGCGCAACAAACUAGGUUUKGACGUCAAUCAAGGCGUUUUUAAGAUAUACCCUCUUAAAGAUGAAUUGUAUGAAAUAUUUCAUUCAAGUGCACUUAGAUUUUCAGUUUUUUUUAAGUUGGUAAUUUGUAAUAUUUAUGCCUAUAGAAUCAGGAUGCUUUGCGGCCAACCCGAUUAUUGGAAUCAGAAAUCAGGAAUUGUACAAGAGUUAUUUGAGAUUCCUGUUUCAGAAAUCAGAAAACUGACUUUUCGGCACUGCCUAGGUGUAUUGCAUGGGCGAAAAUACAAGUUUGAAGGAGAGAAUGCAGGAUUUUGGAUUUCCGUUUCCCGAAUCAGAAAUCGCAUUUCUGUUUUCUGAAUCACGAAUCAGAAAUCACAAUCUCGCUGACAUACGACAAAACACCACGUGUAGGGGAGGGGUGACCACUCGAAAAUACUCUUACUUCCGGUAUCAUUAUCUGCGCUCUAUCACCCCACCCCCUCCCCCCUAGUCCAAUAGUUGUCGCUGUUAUUGAACUUCCGCUAAGACAAACAUUGAACCGUGAUCCCCUGGGUAGUAUAUUACUGUAAAAUUGUUUCAAACUUAUAAAUUCAAACUUAGCUAAAAAGA